UGUCCCCCUACUGUUCAGUUUGGUGGCGUGUUUAAAUCAGAGACCAAGUCCCUCCCACUUGAGAAUAACAUACCAAUCAAGAGGUUUCCAUAUCUUGAUGAGGAGAGCAUUACCAAGCAGUGUGCUGAUCUUGAGUUGAAGUGGAAAGGAGCUGAAGAAGCUAAAAUGGAGGAUGCAAUGAGUAAUGUCCCUUUGACUGAACAGGAUUUCAUUCCAAUGCUCUCGACUCACAGACGAGUCUCAAACUCUCUAAUGAGAGAUGUUGAGCUACUCCACAAGUUUCUUGAUGCUCUCUUCAGCUCUCGGAUCCUCGAGGCUCGGAAGUACUUUCCCUCUGUUACCAUGUCCCUUCGUCAGAGAGUGACUACGCCUAUUUUUAUUCCGGAGCUUGUGAAUAAGUUAAUGAGGAACGGGGCUUACCUCUCACCGGAUCAGUUUGAGGUGAUGGUCCGUUUGGUUAAUUGUGCACUCGUUGAUGAGAAGAUAGCAAUGCAGAUACUACCAUUGACAUCUGUGUUCUAUCAGGAGAUACAACCAGGAGUCAAUCAAUAUCUGUACUCCUGCAUACAGUCUCAUAGACUCUGGCAGAGCACGAGGUUUUGGUGUCAUUCACUGUAUAGUGCAAUACAGGCUGAACUGGUCAGACUCUACGCUGACGUACCUUUCAAGAAAGAGAAACCAAAGUCUAUUGAAGAGGAAGAUGAAGACCUUGAUGUAUCUGGUGAGAGAGAAGAUGAGUUUGAUAAUGUAGAGAUGUCGCUAGGUGAGGUGACCCUUAGACACCGGCAGAGGGUGAGGAGUGUGUCUCCCUCUCGUGCCCGUAACACAGCAAGGAACGUAGUCAUGAGCAAGAGUGCAAGGAUGAGGAUAAGAGCAUGCACUACUCUACCAGGUGCUUCUGAGGGUGUCCUCCCUCCUGAUUCUAAACCAGUUACUUCUUAUGAGGCACUCCAUCAUCUGGCUAAGAGGUUGUGUGUUUGGCCUUCAUUGGAUAACAGUGAGAAAGAGAACUUUUCACUACAAGAAGAGAAUGCUAUAAGGAAUCAAGUUAUAUUAUUCAUCAGUCGUCUCAUUAACAUCAGAACUCCUAUUGAUUUUAUGGGAGGUGAGGCUGAGAUGAAGCAGUUUUCUGAUGAUCUGAAGAAUUUCAUUGACAAAUUUAUUGGCCCAGAGCUAAAAGAGACUCAGAAACAGCGAGGGAGGACAAGAGUCUCCUCACAAGAAUUAGAAUUAAGCAUCACAAAGCAAGGCGUGGCCCCGACACAGAUAAAGUUACUCUCUGAUCUGUCCCAGUCCCCUUACUGUAUCGAGUAUGAUAGACUGGGUCUGGGGAGUUUGAAUUUUAGUGUGUCUAAGAGCCGGGGGCAGUGGAGAUUGAGUACAAUUAAUAAAUCAUUCACUUUGUGCGAAACUUAUCCUGCAGUUUGGGUCGUUCCUUAUAAAUUCAGCGAUGAGUCUAUUACAAGGAUACUCCCUCAUUUCCAGCAGGGGCGGGUCCCCAUCGUAACCUGGAAGCACCCUCGUACCAAAGCAAUCCUCCUUCGCUCCGCCUCCUUUAAGAACCCUGUGUCGCAGGGGAAGAGCAGGAGAGUCAUUCUUACUAAACAUGGCAGCUCUGAGAAGAUAUCAGACUCUGACCUGUUAGGCAUUCAAAGUGCAGAUAUUGAGUCCUUUAUUAGUGUCAUUGUCAGCUCUUGUCCUAAAGUAUUGGAUAGAGGAGAAGGUGAAGAUGUUACCUACUGGUCCGGCAGUUUCUCACAUGACAUCUCUAUGCCUCCGACUAGCCUGAGGUUUGAUCGCGAGUCUGACCCGUCCACCUCUUCUUUACUACUGGCAGCGUUACCCCCACAGUCACCUCAGUCACCCUCCCCUCACUCACCUGUACCACAAUCACCUCACUCCCCAGUGCCUAAGAGAAGAAUGAGCACCAGUAGUAAUAACUUUGAGCCGCCCACAGGAGGAGGAGGGGGAGGGAGAGAGGGUCGGUAUAGGAACUCACUCUAUGCCUCUUUGGAUAGUUCUGAUCCGUCUCAAAUCUUAGACUGGGAGAGUGGCAGCUUCCGGUAUAGUGUUUCAUAUCACGAAGAUGGAGCUGAGUCAGGACAGCCUCUUACUCUCUCAUCCGUAAGGAAUCAAUCUGACGAACCAGUUUCCCUAAUGCCACUGACCAGUAUACCAUCACUGUAUCGGGACAGUGUUGAAGAGGAGGAGCUUUACAGAGGAGAUAGGGAGGGAGGGAGUGAUGAUGUAAGCAUACCAUUUGACUCACCUGAUCUUGGAGGAGGGGAUGAGCUAAUGGAGACUGAUGAGCUCUAUCCUCUGCCUUCCUUUAGAGAAGGAUCAGGUGGGAAGGGCAGCAAGAAACUAAAGAGAAGGAGUGCUCUUGUUAACUUUGCUUCAAUACCCACUAACCCACGGGAUUGGGUCGUUAUGGAUGCACUCCAGGAAGAGAUUAAAGACUGGAAACUAUUGGGACUCUAUGUGAUUGGAGAGAAGAGCUCACUUGUUAAUGUACCUACUGAUAUAUACCCCAACUGCACACUCCUGCCUGUGGAGAUAUCCAGUCAUGUUGAUAUUGGUAAUAGUUUCACUAAGCUGAUGCGUGCCUGCUGCCCCAGUGGUGCCUCUUCCUCUACCACGCAUCAGAGCAAGUUCUAUUCACUAGUUGAGGACAGCGACUGGAUAAACCAAUUGAGUUCAUUACUUCAGUUAUCUGGAGCUGUUGCUGAUCUUAUGGACGCACAGGGUUCCUCUGUACUAGUUGGACUAGAGGAUGGUUGGGAUGCUACUGCACAAGUUGUUUCUCUUGCCCAGUUGUUGAUGGAUCCUUAUUACAGAACCAUGAAAGGUUUCUGUGCCCUCAUUGAGAAGGAAUGGCUGGCAUUGGGUCACCCAUUCACUGACAGGAGCUGUCAGAUUCAGAGCUCCAGUGGAGCCAUAUCUCCUGUAUUUCUGCAGUUCCUUGAUUGUGUCCAUCAGGUAUAA